UCCGCUGCCGGGUGUCCGGGGGGAAAUGCCGGUGAGGCAAAGUGGGCCUUCGCCAGGGUCGCGGAGCGGACUGGACAACGCAGGCAGGGCGGCAGAAGCCCUGUCACUGGACAGAUUUGGCCCCCGGAACAGUCGGAAGGAAGACUGUUGAGUGUGUGGCGAGUCCUGAGUUGCACUCCACUGAGACCUUGAACACCUGGACAUUCUGCAUAACAUUGAUGACAUCAUGCUAACUGGACACGGUGAAGAAGGAAAUGACAAAUCACUGUCCCAGACCUCCCCAGGACAUAAGCCUGGAAGAAUUUGAUGAUGAAGAUCUGUCUGAGAUCACCGAUGACUGCGGUUUGGGCCUCAGCUAUGACUCGGACCACUGCGAAAAGGACAGCCUCUCCCUGGGGCGUUCGGAGCAGCCACACCCCAUCUGCUCCUUCCAGGAUGACUUCCAAGAGUUUGAGAUGAUCGAUGACAAUGAAGAGGAGGAGGAAGAGGAAGAGGAGGAUGAAGAGGAAGAGGAGGAGGAAGGAGAGGGAGAGGGCAAGGAGGGAGGAGGCCCUGGCUCAGAGGACACUACUCAGGAGCCCCUGAUCCCCUCCCCCUCACUGGAAGAGCCCCACAAGCAUCGGCCAACCACACUCCACCUGACAACAUUGGGAGCCCAGGACUCCUUGAACAACAAUGGAGGGUUUGCUCUGGAGCCUCCAGGCUCCUGGCAGGAGACAGUGCUGUGCCCACCCGCCCAGGAGCCCCUCAAAGAACCGCCCGCCCCGCUCCCACCCACGGACCUGAGCCCCUGUGGGGCGCAGUCACCUUUGCGCCCAGGUUGCGACUGCGAAGGAAACCAGCCCGCAGGGCCCUUGGCACAAGGUGGGGCCUCGCCCUCCUCAGAUCCGGGCAUAGAGGCCGACCUGGGGAGCUCUAGCGGAGGCCGCGGGGGCCGGCGCAGCAGCCAAGAGCUGUCGUCGCCGGGCUCCGACUCCGAGGACGCAGAGGGCGCGCGCCUGGGGCGCAUGAUUUCGUCCAUCUCAGAGACGGAGCUGGAGCGGAGCAGCGACGACGGCAGUAGCAGCAGCGGCCGCUCCUCGCACCUCACCAACUCCAUUGAGGAGGCCUCAUCUCCCGCCUCGGAGCCUGAGCCUGAGCCUGAGCCUCCGUGCGAGCCCCCGCGUCGCCCUGCCUUUCUGCCCGUGGGCCCCGAUGACACCAACAGCGAGUAUGAGUCAGGGUCCGAGUCUGAGCCAGACCUCAGCGAGGAUGCCGACUCGCCCUGGCUGCUCAGCAACCUUGUGAGCCGCAUGAUCUCCGAGGGCUCCUCGCCCAUCCUCUGCCCAGGCCAGUGCCUGUCUCCCGCUUCGCGUUCUGCCGCGGAGCCUGCAACGCCCGCCGGUGGGACCCCUGAGGCCCCCGAGGCGGCUACCGGGCCAGGCGGCGUGGAGCUGGUGGACAUGGAGACGCUGUGUGGGCCGCCGCCCCCUGCGCCCUCCGCACCUCGGCCCGGCCCCGCGCAGCCCGGGCCUUGCCUCUUCCUCAGCAACCCCACGCGAGACACCAUUACGCCGCUGUGGGCCGCUCCAGGCCGCGCUGCCCGCCCAGGCCGCGCUUGCUCCGCCGCCUGCUCGGAGGACGAAGAGGAUGAGGAGGAGGAGGAGGAGGCUGGGGAUAAGGCAGCGCCCCCUGGGGGCAGAGGCUCGGGCCCUGCGGCGCUGGACGCCUCGCUGGUGUACGAUGCAGUGAAGUACACGCUGGUGGUGGACGAGCACACGCAGCUGGAACUGGUGAGCCUGCGGCGCUGCGCUGGCCUGGGUGACGACAGUGAGGAGGACAGUGGUGGCGAGGCCAGCGAGGAAGAGGCAGGGGCUGCACUGCUGAGUGGUGGCCAGGGCCCUGGGGACGCCUCCCCAGACAGCCCCGACCUCACCUUCUCCAAGAAGUUCCUCAAUGUCUUUGUCAACAGCACCUCUCGAUCUUCCAGCACUGAGUCUUUUGGCCUUUUUUCCUGCCUGGUCAAUGGGGAGGAGAGAGAGCAAACCCACCGGGCCGUCUUCAGGUUCAUCCCUCGCCAUCCGGACGAGCUGGAGCUGGAUGUGGAUGACCCGGUGCUGGUGGAGGCUGAGGAGGAUGACUUCUGGUUCCGUGGCUUCAACAUGCGCACAGGGGAGCGUGGUGUCUUCCCGGCCUUUUAUGCCCACGCAGUGCCCGGCCCUGCCAAGGACCUGCUGGGGAGCAAGCGGGGCCCCUGCUGGGUGGAGCGCUUCGACGUGCAGUUCCUGGGCUCCGUGGAGGUGCCCUGUCACCAGGGUAAUGGCAUCCUGUGUGCAGCCAUGCAGAAGAUUGCCACUGCCCGGAAACUGACCGUCCACCUACGUCCUCCUGCUUCCUGUGACCUUGAGAUUUCUCUUCGGGGGGUCAAGCUGAGUCUAAGCGGAGGACCCGAGUUCCAACACUGCAGCCACUUCUUCCAGAUGAAAAACAUCUCGUUCUGCGGCUGCCACCCCCGCAACAGCUGCUAUUUUGGCUUCAUCACCAAACACCCGCUGCUAAGCCGCUUUGCCUGCCAUGUCUUCGUCUCCCAGGAGUCGAUGAGGCCCGUGGCCCAAAGUGUGGGCCGCGCCUUCCUGGAGUACUACCAGGAGCACCUGGAGUAUGCCUGCCCCACCGAGGACAUCUACCUGGAGUAGCCGUCCUGCUACUGGGAGCAGCUGGGGCUGGAGGUGUCUCAAUAGGCCACCGCAGCUUUGGCAAGGACUGGACUGGGGGCACGUGGGAUCUGACAUCCAGGGAGUCUCCGGGCUAUGCUGGGAACUCUCCUUGCUCCCCUGGGGCUGCUGGAGAGUGGAGCCUGCGCCUCCGCUUCCCCUGAUCCAUUCUCUCUCUGUGUCACCUGGUCUGCCCUUGGCCUCCCUCCUCUCUCCUCCUGUCUGUCUCUGCCCCCUCUGUGCCUGCAAACCCUCUCCCUCUGCUCUUUACUUUGGGGUCAGAACUGGGAGGGGUGUGUGGCGGAAGCUCCCAGGUGAUUCCCCCCUCCCACUCGCCCCCUGUGAUUUAUAAAGGAAUUUUAAUUUUUAUAGUGAAUAUCAAGGAAUCUUCCCAUCCUUGACCAUAGGAACCAAGAGAGGGACCCCAUACUGCCCCCCACAGAGGUCAGGGGAGGCGGGAAGGAGUUCCUCAGAAGGGCCCUGGGGGGACUAGGAGCCGUUCCUGAUGCUCACCCCAAGCCCCAGACGCUGCUAGGAGGAGGUGCCCGGCCCCGGGCCCCGGCCACACCAGCACCUGCUUUGCCGCUGCAAACACUCCCCGCAGUCCAGCACCUCAAUAAACUCUCUGCUUGGUGUGA